UAGAAUCUUGUUUUGCUCAUAGCAAAUUAUCCAAAUGGGAUCAGAAAUGUAUGUCAGGACAUCAAUGCAUCAAGAGUCGUUUUCUACUUGCGAUAGAAAUUAGAAUCACAUCAAGUAUCCAUUUAUACCCCACGUGGAGCUAAGGCCUCCUAUCCAAAAUACACUAACUGUAAACGCUUUCAGGAAGCUAUCGCUCUGUUUACAUUACGGGCUAAAUGUUAUCAAUUCAAAUUAAAGCAGAAGGUCGCUGAUAUACAGAUAUAAAUAUAAACGGCUGUGUUUGCCUGUUCCAAUAUUUAUCACUCACGAGCAACAUUCGAGCAAACAUGUUCGUGUCGCGUAGACUUUCGAUCCAAGAAGUGAACAAUCUACUCAGCGAGAGUUUUGUGAGAAUUUUUGGGAAUAUCGUCGAGCAUUUCCCAGCGGCUGCGAUCGGAGUACUGAAGCACAGGCCGUUUGAUAGUACCGAGGCAUUAGUGCGAGCUAUCAACGAUUUUUUGGAUUCGAUGAAACCCAGUGAUUUAGAGGAAAUCCUUCAUCGAUACCCUGACAUCUUCAAUACAUUGAUCAAUAACAGGUUGUUGAUAUUAGAGAAGAAAGAUGGAGCACAGCUCACGAUGACUGAAAAAAGAAGACUGAAUGAGUUGAACAGCCAAUAUAAAGAAAAGUUCGGAUUUCCUUUCAUCAUGGGUUACAAGAGCAACGAUGUGUUCGCGGUGUUCUCUGAAAUUAUUUCUAGAUUACAGAAUAACAGGGAACGCGAAGUUGAAAUCGCCGUAAAGGAGGUAAAAAAUAUUGUGAACAUUAGGAUACACGACCUAGUGCAAGACAAGCAGAAUGUUGGACAGUGUUAAUUAUUAAACACUUUUUGGACGAUCUUAUUGUUGUUCAUGAAAUUCUAACUAAAGAUCUAAAAAAGUUUUUCCUAUUGAGGGCUUCAAGGGAAAAUCUUUGGGUAUUAGGAAGUGCAAAUAGGAACGGGAUAUUCAAUUUGUCAUUGCUAUUUUGACCUUUAGGAGAUUGCUUUGAAGCUCCUUUUUGAAACACCAGUGGGAUGUCUGAGGAAAUACCUAUGCAUCUCUCGAUUACUGCCCUAAUAUAGAACGUAUAUAACACUGUUCUCAUUUGUAUAUUGUGUAAAUUAUAAUGUAUGGAAGAUUUGCUUGUUGUGUAUUUCAUUAUUUUUUAUCACCACAUGGUGAACAUAACCAGUGGUUGUCGCUUUAAGUCAUUGUGCUGUAUCAGGCCACUAAUGGAAAACGCAUACGUUUGAAGAAGGAAGUUACUAUAAGGUUUAAACUUUUGGAAUCAUAGUCACACUGAUGUAUGUACGUUUUUAUAUCAUGUUAUUAGGUUAUAAUUAUAUAAAAUUACUUUUUAUAUUUGAUAUUCGUUUGAAGCGGUUGUAGUAAACGAUAGUAAUUUUAUUUUCAAGAAUGAUUUUUUGAUUACUUGGAACAUACAGCAUAAUGUAUAAUCAAUUUUAUUCAUAUUGAAUAUACUUGUAUAUUUGAGAUAUCUCAUCAUGAGAAUGAUACUACGUAUUACUACAAUGCAUCCUAAUGCUUCUUUCAAACUUCUAUCUCACCAUACUUAUAUCAUAUAUGGGUAGCGUGGCAUGUAGCAAAAAUAAACAAUACGAAGUAU